GCUGAGCCGCACACCAUGGCCCUUCUCUGGGUUGUCCUUGGCUUCUUCCUCUUUGGCAGCAGCUUCGGCUGCGGGGUCCCCGCCAUCGACCCUGUGCUGAGUGGCCUCUCCAGGAUCGUCAACGGGGAGGACGCCGUGCCCGGCUCCUGGCCCUGGCAGGUGUCCCUGCAGACCAGCUCCGGGUUCCACUUCUGCGGAGGCUCCCUCAUCAGUGAGGACUGGGUGGUCACCGCCGCCCACUGUGGGGUCAGGCAGGGUCACCUGGUGGUGGCCGGGGUGUCCGACCAGGGCUCCGAGGAGGAGGCCGGCCAGGUGCUGAGAGUCGCGGAGGUCUUUGAACACCCGCAGUGGGACCUGCGCGCCGUGCGCAACGACGUGGCCCUGCUGAAGCUGGCGGCGCCCGCCCGCCUCUCCGCAGCCGUGGCCCCCGUCUGCCUGCCCAGCGCCGACGCCAGCUUCCCCGCGGGCUCCCUGUGCACCGUCACCGGCUGGGGCAAGACCCGGUACAACGCCUUCGAUACCCCUGAUAAGCUGCAGCAGGCCACCCUGCCCAUCCUCUCUAAUGCUGACUGCCAAGAGUUCUGGGGCAGCAAGAUCACCGACGUGAUGAUCUGCGCAGGAGCCAGUGGCAUCUCCUCUUGCAUGGGCGACUCUGGCGGCCCCCUGGUCUGCCAGAAGGACGGAGCCUGGACCCUGGCAGGCAUCGUGUCCUGGGGCAGCAGCCGGUGUAGCCCAUUCUUACCUGGUGUGUAUGCCCGGGUCACCAAGUUCAUACCCUGGAUUCUGGAAGUUCUGGAGGCUAACUGAACCUCUGCCCCACCCCAGCUCCCAUCUGUGUAAAACCCAAAUAAAAGUGCCUGCAUCUUCA